GGGCGGUAGGCGGGGCACGGUAAGCUUCCUGUCCCCCACGCACACAGGCCUCCGCUGGGUUGGUGCUCACGGAAGUGGCAGGGGCCGCGUGGCCAUCUUCUCGAGCCCACCCCGUCUGUCAGGGGCCCCGGCUCUACUCGCUGCCCCAUCUGAUGGGGAAACUGAGGCACAGAGCUGGAUAGAGUCACUCAUAUAUCAGGCACUAAACAGGAGCCUGUGGGGGUCUCUACAGAGGGCAUCAGGAUGUCGUAUUUUGGGGAGCAUUUUUGGGGUGAGAAGAACCAUGGCUUUGAGGUCCUGUACCACAGCGUGAAGCAGGGGCCUAUCUCCACCAAGGAGCUGGCCGACUUCAUCCGGGAGAGGGCCACCAUCGAGGAGACCUACUCAAAGGCAAUGGCGAAACUUUCCAAACUGGCCAGCAAUGGGACCCCCAUGGGGACCUUCGCCCCGCUCUGGGAGGUCUUCCGCGUCUCCUCAGACAAGCUGGCCCUCUGUCAUCUGGAGCUGACCCGGAAGCUACAGGACCUCAUCAAGGAUGUGCUCCGCUAUGGCGAGGAGCAGCUCAAAUUGCACAAAAAGUGCAAAGAGGAAGCCGUGGGUACCCUGGACGCUGUGCAGGUCCUCGCAGGUGUCAGCCAGCUCCUGCCCAAGUCCCGCGAGAACUACCUGAACCGCUGCAUGGACCAGGAGCGGCUGCGGAGGGAGAACACCAGCCAGAAGGAGAUGGACAAGGCAGAGACGAAGACGAAGAAGGCAGCACAGAGCUUGCGGCGCUCGGUGGAGAAGUACAACUCUGCCCGCGCUGACUUUGAGCAGAAGAUGCUAGACUCAGCUCUGCGCUUCCAAGCCAUGGAGGAGACCCACCUGCGGCACAUGAAGGCACUGCUAGGCUCCUAUGCCCACUCGGUGGAGGACACCCACGUGCAGAUUGGGCAGGUGCAUGAGGAAUUUAAGCAGAACAUUGAGAACGUCAGCGUGGAGAUGCUCCUGAGAAAGUUUGCAGAGAGCAAGGGCACAGGCCGAGAGAAGCCUGGGCCUCUGGAUUUUGAGACAUACAGUGCGGCUGCCCUGCAGGAAGCAAUGAAACGUUUGCGGGGAGCCAAGGCCUUUCGCCUCCCAGGACUGAGCCGGCGGGAGCGGGAGCCACCUGCAGCCGUAGACUCCCUGGAGCCCGAUUCAGGGACCUGUCCAGAGGUGGAUGAAGAAGGUUUCACUGUCCGGCCUGAUGUGACCCAGAACAGCACAGUGGAGCCCGCCCGCUUUUCCUCCAGUGACUCGGACUUCGAUGAUGAGGAGCCCCGCAAGUUCUAUGUGCAUAUCAAGCCCGCCCCUGCCCGGGCCCCUGCCUGCAGCCCCGAGGUGGCUGCUGCCCAACUCAGGGCCACGGCCGGCAGCCUCAUCCUUCCUCCUGCCCCAGGGGGCACCAUGAAACGCCACUCUGCACGGGAUGCUGCCAAGAAACCACAGAGGCCUCGAUCUGCCCCAAGAGCCAGCAGCUGUGCUGAGAAGCUGCAGUCAGAUGAACAGUUUUCCAAGAACCUCUUUGGGCCGCCCCUAGAGUCGGCCUUUGACCACGAAGACUUCACAGGCUCCAGCAGCCUCGGCUUCACCUCCAGCCCCUCACCUUUCUCCUCCUCGUCGCCCGAGAAUGUGGAGGACUCCGGCCUGGACUCGCCAUCCCACGUGGCGCCUGGCCCCUCCCCGGAUUCCUGGGUCCCCCGCCCGGGCACCCCACAGAGCCCACCUAGCUAUAGGGCGCCGGCCUCCGAGUCAAGGGGUACACGGUCCCUGCCAGCAUCGGACUCGCCACAGCCCCUCGCCCCAUCCCCGGGUCCCUGGGGGCUGGAGGCUGUGGCUGGACGAGACCUGGUGCCCGGACCUGCUGACCCUGCAGCCAGAGAGGGCCUGGCAGCGCCUCCCAGGAGAGCCCGCACCAGGAAGGUGUCCUGCCCGCUCACGCGCAGCAACGGCGACCUGUCCCGGUCUCUGAGCCCCUCCCCGCUGGGCUCCUCCACCACCAGCACCCUUUCGGACCGGCCCAGCUUCUCAUCACAGACGGCACACGGAGUCUCCCGGGGACCCAGUCCUGUGGUCCUGGGCUCCCAGGAUGCCCUGCCUGUAGCUACCGCCUUCACUGAAUACGUCCACGCCUACUUUCGAGGCCAUAACCCCAGCUGCCUGGCUCGAGUAACCGGCGAGCUGACCAUGACCUUCCCGGCUGGCAUCGUGCGUGUGUUCAGCGGGACCCCGCCCCCACCUGUCCUCAGCUUCCGCCUUGUGCACACGUCCGCCAUUGAGCACUUCCAGCCCAAUGCCGACCUGCUCUUCAGUGACCCCUCCCAGAGCGACCCUGAGACCAAAGACUUCUGGCUCAACAUGGCAGCCCUGACCGAGGCCCUGCAGCGCCAGGCAGAGCAGAAUCCGACCGCCUCCUACUACAACGUGGUUUUGCUGCGGUACCAGUUCUCCCGCCCGGGGCCGCAGUCUGUGCCCCUCCAGCUGAGCGCCCGCUGGCAGUGCGGGGCCGCCCUCACUCAGGUCUCGGUGGAGUACAGCUACCGGCCCGGUGCCACGGCGGUGCCCACACCGCUCACCAACGUCCAGAUCCUGCUGCCUGUCGGGGAGCCUGUGACCAACAUUCGCCUACAGCCGGCCGCCACCUGGAAUCUGGAGGAGAAGCGACUCCUUUGGAAGCUACCAGAUGUGUCUGAAGCAGGAGGUAAGUUAUGGUUGUGCAUGAAAAAUCACAGAGGGUUUUGGAUGGGAGGGGCUUGUUUAAAAUGGGGGAGAAUUGGGGAUGUGCUGGGGAGAAGUGUAGAGAGGGAGGAAAGCUUUAAUAAAAGGGCUUUGGCAGAGCUUCGGGAGAGGAAAUCUGGGGGCAGCCACAGCAGGUACAAAGGCCCUGCGGCAGAACUCUUUUGUAAUUUACACAUGACCCCCAAGGAGCCAAAGGAAAAUGGUACAGGGUCUCAAGAGGAGGUCCGGAAGAGACAGAUAGGGGCCACAGAUCAAAGGGCUUGGGAAGCGCCUGGGUCCCAGUGGGACUGA